AUAACAUUAAUCCAUAACGAUGAUGCGUUGUUGUGUCAUAGGCUGCGACACCGAUGAAAAUGUCGUAAAUUCAACGUCUGUCUUUUUCGUUGGAUUUCCUCAACAAUCCGAUUUACUUCAAGAAUGGUUGAACGUUUUAACCGCCUACAGUUCGCCUCCGGAUGAUAUUGUCGCCGCAAAUACAAAGCUUUGCAGCUGCCACUUCGAUGAGGAGGCUUUCGAUAGGCACCCAGUACAUGGUUACCGAUUCCUUCUGCCUACAGCCAUUCCUUCUAUUUUUCCACUUGUGGAAGCAGAGGAACAAUCUGAUAUGGUUGUUAAAUCUGAUUUAGAUGCAAAUGAUCUUGUAGAAGACGAAAGUCAUUUGAUUUUAUGUUCCGAAUCAGCAGUUAGUCAAUUAGAUAUGCAUAGUUCGCCAGAUGAGCUGUUGGCCGAAAAUAUAUCUUUGUCAACACCCGUCAGUGAACUAGAUCUGCCAGCAAGAUCUAUUGGCAUUGAGUACGCGGAUGGAAAAUAUUUCUUCCUACAAUCUGAAGACGAAUAUCCAGACGAUUUUGUUGAAUGUGAAAAUCGGUUUACAAACAAAGCUCUCACUUUUGUGACGAAUACCGAGCAACAAUCAGAAUCUAACGCUAACAAUAUUGAAGCGGUCAGCGAUGCCUCUGCGGGACUUGUAAUCGCCGAAGAUACCGACUCGAAGCCUGAAACUGAUUACAUAGUGGUAAAAGAGGAAAUGUGUGCUGAUGACGAUACAAAUGCUUCGCUCAUUGAAGUAGUUGAAGACGAUAAACUAGCUCAGCAAAAGGUAGGUACAGAGUCGGUCUACGGUACAGUUGAGAUGCUGGAGGAAGAAGAUGUACAGCCAGCCACACGCAAAAGAGGCACUCGUGUUGAUAAACAUUUUUGCAAGUUCUGUGGAAAAGGCUUUCCCUACGAAAGUGGUUUGAAAAAACACGAACUUGUCCAUACUGGUCAAAAACCACAUAUGUGCAGUGUCUGCGGCAAAGGUUUCUCCCAGAAAAUAAAUCUCACCAUUCACGUGCGCCGUCAUACUGGCGAGGAGUCGGUGAAAAAGUACAGCUGCCCAGUGUGCAGUAAAAAGUGCACCCGUAUGAGCGAGCUGAAGAUUCACAUAAAGUCGCACUGGAGAAAACUUCCACAUCCGUGCCAGUUGUGUACCGAGCGGUUCGCAGAAGUGACAAACUACUACGAUCAUCUGAAAUCAGAACACAAGGACGAGCUAACUCUGCAGGAGUGUAUCGACAUGAUUGCUCAAAAUGAAAACGCAGAAUUGAUUGCACCAAAUGAAGAUUACUUGUUGAAAGGAGAAGACGGUAGCUACAUAUGUGCUGUAUGCAUAAAGGUGUUUCGAAAUGAACGCCUGCUGCGGAAGCACAAACGGAAAAUGCAUCCAAAAGUGUUCUUUUGCUCACAAUGUCCCAAGAGAUUCCUGUACAAAAGCUUACUGGAUAAGCAUUUGCGGGUUCAUACACAGGAAAAACCUUUCCAAUGCGACCAAUGUGAAAGAGCUUUCACACAAAAGGUCAACCUUGAAGUGCAUCUAUACAAAAGACACAACGUUCAGGUGGGCAACAUUGCACGUAAAACUUGCAUCUGCGAAUACUGCAAUAAAGUUUUUGACCGGCCUUCGACACUUCAAGUACAUAUACGUACGCACACUAAAGAGCGACCAUUUCACUGUCGAGAUUGUCCAAAAUCGUUUGCAUCGAACAGUGCUUUGGCAUCGCACAUCAAACAUAACCAUCGAGGAGAGUCAUUACUACUCCAACCUGCCAAACGAAACAUGGCGGGCAGCACUGAUAAAUUCGUUCUCAAGACCUGUGAUGAUCCAUCGAACAUGAUAGUGGAAAACUACAAAGAAGAUAUGACAAUGGUUCAAUAUUCCAUUCAAAUUAUAAACCCUGCCGAGUCGGACAGUACGCUUUAG